AUUAAACUUCGGCAAGUAAGGGCGUCGUAUUUCUGCUUUUACAAAAAUAAGAAUAUAAAAGAAAAACUUUAUACACAAGUCAUAUUUAUAAAAUAGUCAGUUCCAUAAGGAUACAUUAUUGAAUAGAAAGCACAUUUAACCGGCUGAACGAUGGUGGAUUAUAGCAAAUGGAAAGAUAUUGAGAUUUCAGACGAUGAGGAUGAUACUCAUCCAAACAUUGAUACACCAUCAUUAUUUAGAUGGCGUCAUCAAGCAAGGGUUGAAAGAAUGGAAGAAAGGAGACGUGAGCAAGAGGAGCAUCAGAGGAAAAAGACGGAAACUCGACAAAAAAUGAAAGAAACAGAGGAAAAAAUUAAAAAAUUAGAAAAUGAACAAAAGGAAGCAGAUUUAACCGAACUAAAAAAAAUUUUGCAAGAUCUUGAAAAAGAAGAUUUAAAGAUUAAAGAAAGGGAAGAGGAAAUAAAGAAAAAAGAGAAAUUAACACCUUGGAAUGUUGAUACUAUUGGGCAAGACGGUUUUACAAAAACAGUGAUUAAUAAGAGAUCACCACGUAAGGGAGAUGACAAUGGGUUGUCAGACGAAGAAAAAGAAAAGAAAAUGAAAGAAUUUGCAAAAGAAAACGAGAAGAAGUUGAAAGAAUUUGGUAUGCUUGGAAGAUAUGAAGAUAGUAAAAAAUUUUUACAAGAUAAUCCUCAGUUAGUAUGCGAAAAUACUGCAAAUUACUUGGUUAUCUGGUGUAUUAACCUAGAAAUAGAAGAAAAACAUGAUUUAAUGGAACAUGUUGCGCAUCAAUGUAUAUGUAUGCAAUAUAUUUUAGAAUUAUCAAAACAACUAGAUGUUGAUCCAAGAGCAUGUGUAGGUUCCUUCUUUAGUCGUAUUCAGAAUGCUGAGUUAGAACAUAGAAAUUCUUUCGAAGAUGAAUUGAGAGCAUUUAAAGAGAGAAUACGUAAGAGAGCUGUUGAAAAAGUAGCAGAUGCCCUUAGAGAAGCUGAGGAAGAGGAGAAAAAAGCGCGUCGAGGUCCAGGUGGUCUUGACCCACUUGAAGUAUUUGAAAGUCUACCAGAGCCUCUACAAAAAUGCUUUGAAACCCAAGAUCAUGCUUUAUUGCAAGAAACGUUAGCAGUAAUGCCACGAAAAGAAGCAUUCUAUCACAUGAAACGAUGUGUUGAUAGUGGUCUUUGGUUACCAGAUGCAAUAGCUAAAGAAUUAAUAGAGGCAGGAGUAACUGCGGAUGAUGCAGAGGCUAAAGAAUUGAUAGACGGAAAAGUAGCUGCAGACAAUGCAGAAGCUAAAGAUUUGAUAGCGGAAGGAGUAACUGCGGACAAUGUAGAAGAAACCUCGGCGGCCAAUCCUGAAUAACGCGUGUCUGUAAAUUACAUAUGUUGACUUUCAUGACUCAUUUAUGCAAGUAUAUAUAUAUAUAUUCUUUAGUAUCGUGAAUAUGUUAUAAUAAAAUAUUGUCAUUAGACAAUGAAUACAACAUUCUUA